AUGAAGUGGAUCGUCAGCUAUUCUUGUCCACGAAGUCAUCCAGGUGAUUGCGCAUUACUAGCCAGAGAACAGUCUCGGCUAUCUGGUCUUACCCCCUCAACUCGCGAGAUUUAUCAUAGUCUUAACCCUCAUCCGAGCCUUUCUCCAAUCCCAGACCCGACGGAUACCCACACCGUCACCCAGCAAGCCGAUAAUGAAGCCAGAUAUAGACAACUAUUGGUGAGCGGGGUGUUGGCUGUGCUCCUGCCAACAGAGGAUUUAAAGAAUGCCUGCUUGCGGACGCUAGUUUGUGAUAUCUUGGCAGAUCUAAUCAUUGGAAAUCAAGUUAGUGGGAAGAUGUGCGAGGGGUGGUUCUUGUGGGAGAGUGCCACAAAACUGAUUGACGUGGUGGGAAGUCGCCAGAGUCAUGAGAUUGAUGCAAAAACUGCAGUACCACAUAGACAGAAUCAGUUACAAAAGUUCGACCUGCUUUCUCCCCAGGAAGACUCUCAGAAACAUCAUUCGUCGUCAAGUGUCCAAUUACGGAUCCCAGAUUGGGUGUGGAAAAUCCUUCAAUUUGUCUUCCUAGCCUACGUGACCUUACGUUUCAUUGUGACGGGCAUUUUAAGCGUUGCAUCCACUCCAGUGGCCUCGUCCUCGUCCUUUACCGGGCACGUAAACGAGGCGUCCGCUCCAUGCAACCCUCCUCGGAAGCGUCCCGUUCUCAAUUAUGGACUAUACGGCAUGCUUUCGCAACUAUUAGAUAUUCCCCGGCGGAUGCCAUGGUUGGGAGGGCUGGUGGCACUCUUUCAACACUUGAUCUUGGCAGGUCCAGGUCGACUAGGUGACACGGAUAGUGUUCUUGACAGUCGUCAUACUCUUCGCCCCCUUUCUCGUCUGUCCUCUCAACUACAACCGGAAGGUUUGAAGUUGACUGGUCAUUCCCUGCCCGAAAUUGACUGGGGCUUCGGCCAUUCCGAAGGGGGAGAACGUGUCCGCUCCCCUGUCAAUCAACUCUGA